AAACAUGCACUAAAUGCGUUUUCUUACCUAAUAAAGAACACCUUGUUUAGUGUCAUGGUAGCGGUAAAAAAUUAACUGUACUAUAUAUUGUAACUAUUUUCCUUUCAGAUAUCAAGUUGCAAUGGGGUUGGUAUUGGGACUCCUAAAAAAAUUGUUCAAAGCUGGAGUAUGUUUCCUAGUUUUCGCAGCUCUUAUAAUAUUAAUACCAAACAUACCACCAUAUACAUCAUUUACAAGAAUAACGUUGGAGCCACCUCAGCCACUAACAGGACCUCUAGCACCAAAUGGAGCACUUGACAAUGCAGAAAAAUUGUUUAUUGACAAAGUGCUAGGCCCAGAGGCAUUCCAAUUGUACAAAGGGGAAGUAUACACUAGUCUUGCUACAGGGGAAAUUGUGAAAUUGACACCGGGUGGUCAUGUUACAUUUGUCACCAAAAUUGGACAACCAUGCACUGGUAUUAAACAAGAACAUAUUUGUGGACGGCCUCUUGGUUUUGUAUUUGAUGAAAAAAAUAAUCAAAUGUAUGUAGCUGAUGCAUAUCAUGGAAUUUGGAAAAUAGAUUUGAAAACAGACAAGAAGCAACUUCUAGUAUCACCUAAUGUAGAAAUCAAGGGGCGGACUCCGAAACUAUUUAAUCAUGUUGCAUUAGAUGGUCUUGGCAAUUUAUACUGGACUGAUUCUACCAGUGACUUUAAAUUAAAGGAUGGUGCAAUGUCAAUGUUGAGUGAUCCUAGCGGAAGAUUAUUUAAAUAUAAUGCAAUUACAAACACAAGUACAGUUCUAUUAGAUAACCUUUGGUUUCCCAAUGGAGUGAUAGUGUCUCCAGAUGAUCAGUUUUUAGUGAUAGCUGAGACAUUUGCGCAUAGACUGCUAAAAUAUUACAUCAGUGGUCCAAAAAAAGGAAAAUCUGAAGUAUUUGCGUCUGGAUUGCCAGGUGCACCAGACAACUUGCGUGCAUUACCAGACGGUUCAGGAAUGCUGGUGGGGAUGCCCAUAACUUACGACGACGAGAAUCCUCACUUAUCACACUCCUUGGCUGCAGCACCUUACGUUAGGAAGUUCCUUGCCCGCAUCCAGCGACUUAUUGAAAUCCCGUUCGAGUUUCUCAACAGCUACUAUCCACAUUUCGUAUUUGAGGACAUUGUGUACAGAAUCGGUCAUUUUGACAGUUUAUCUAAUAUUAUUACAAAUCCAAGUGGUUUAUUACAAUUAGAUUGGAAUGGAAAUAUUAUAGUUUCAUAUUACAACAAAGAUGGCUCUGUAGGGUUCAUAAGUGAUGGAAUUGUUUUUAAUGACAAGCUCUAUUUGGGAAGACCUCAUGCUCAAAACUUUGUCGGCUCCGUUCCAGCUCCCCCUUUGUUGAAAAAAGCGUUUUCUGGCAAACCAUCGCCAGGAAAACAAGAGCCUUCGAAGACUGCCAAAGCACCGACGCCUAAAGAACAACCUAAAGUUCAAGAAGCUGUCAAAGUAACUACUCCCAAGCCAACGACGCCGAAGGCUCCUGAAACUGAUAAAGUGACUAGCCCAAAAACUGCAACGGCACCUAAAGCUUCAGAGCCUGCCAAAGUUACCACCCCUAAACCCGUAAAGGAACCUAAAGUUGUCGCGGACUCUAAACCUAAGGUUGAGGCUAGCAAACCAACAACCCAACCUCCAAAAGCAACGCCACCCACAACACAGCAACCGCCCAAGAAAGCAUCAACACAGGAUAAACCCACUGUACCGCUUCCUAAGGCACAAGAAAAAAAUAACGCACCAAAACCAACUCAAGAACCUCCUAAAGCACAAUCCGCACAAGUGCAAAAACCUAAAUCUGAUGAUAAAGUUAAAACUACCACGACAAAACCGAGUCAGAACAAAGCAACUGGCUCUACAAAUCAAAAGCCCACACCACAGGCGCAAAAAUCUGGAAGUGGCUCUUCACCUAAAGUACAAAAACAAUCCCAACAAAACAUUCCUAAAAAUGACAAAAAGGCAGCACCACAACAAAUUCCCAUUAAAGAAGAUAUUCCCUCGGACACAAUCAAACCAAGUAAAGAAAAUCUAAAAGUGAUUAAGAAGGAGGGACCUACUGAAAUUCCAAAUCCAAAUUUGUAAAUACACAAAUGUUGUUUCAGAGACGUUAAAUUCAAAAAUAUUUUACCAGAAAUUUUGUAGGUUGCAAUGAUGUUUUAUCUGUAAGGGUUUUAUAAACGAUAAGUACUUUCAUAAAGUACUUAACGUCGAAAGUACUGAAUUACUUUAGUAUAAAAAAUGAUGAACCUUAUGAAUGAACAAACAUAGUUAUCAUUAGUAGGCAAUUAUUACAGUUACCCGUUAUUAACUUUAUGCUGUGAAUUUCGAAAUCGUAAAACAUAUACGUUAUUUCCUAAAUUGCAUUCCAAGGUAGUUAGCUAGUAUAUUCCUAUAAUUCCAUUGUUUAGAUAAAAAUUAGCCUAGUCCAGGGCUCCUAUAAUAGGCUCUUAACGCGAUUAUAAUAUUACUGUUGGAGGGAGUCAUACAAAAUAGUCUACAAAUUUUCUUAUACGUAGGGAUUGAAGAUGCUUUCCCGGGGCAAAGUACGAAAAUCUAUUGAUUUUUAGGUUUUAGCGUUGGACUG